AUGGUUAGGGUCAGGAUUAUCAUUCGCAAGGUAAUCAGAUGGUGGAAAGAUCUUUACAAUGAAGGGGAAUUGACCUACUCACGGGAUCGUGUGGUUGAGUGCUACCUGUGGUCUUAUACAGCAUACUUUGAGAAAGAACACACAAGGGCAAGGAUGAUCCUUGCCAAGAUAAUCGCACUAAUAAUCCUGACAGACGACACUUACGAUGUUCGUGCUACUUUGGAGGAGUGUCGAAAAUUCAAUGAAGCUAUACAAAGAUGGGAAGAGAGUGCCAUUUCUCUUCUACCAGAUUAUCUGAAGAAGUUCUACCUCAAGCUGAUGGACAUCUUUAAGGAGUUUGAGGACGAGUUGGAACCACAUGAGAAGUACAGAGUCUCUUUUAGCAGAAAAGCGUUUCAAAUAUUAUCAAGUAAUUAUCUCCAAGAAGCGGAAUGGUUUCAUGGUGGUUACAAGCCAACAUUUAAAGAUCAAGUGAAGAUAUCUACUGUGUGCUCAGGUGCUCCAUUUGCAUCUGUUGGGUUACUAGUUGGCAUGGGAGACGAUGUAGCAACCAAGGAGGCACUUGAGUGGGCAAUCAGUUGCACAGAUGCUGUCAAGGCUUUCGCAGAGGUGACACGCUUCAUGAAUGACCUUGCUUCGUUUAAGCGUGGAAAGAACAAAAAUGACGUGGACAGCUCGGUCGAAUGCUACAUCAGUGAGCAUGGUGUUACAACUGAGGUUGCCUUUGCAAAGAUAAAUUCCCUGAUUGAAGAUGCAUGGAAGACUAUAAACAGAGCACGCUUUGAGAACAAUGAACUACUUCCAGCGGUGCAACGAGUUGCCAACAUAACUGCCAGCAUGCCGUUAAUGUACGGUGAUAACAAGGACGCAAUCACAUUCAGCGACGGUCUCAAGGGGAUUAUCAAGCUCCUGUUUCUCAAGCCUAUCCUGCUCUAG